AAUGGCGUGACUCUUACAAACCUGCCCUUUUUUGGUAGGGAAAUUAAAUUAAUUAAUCAAUUUAUGAUCCAUUUAGCUUUUUGGUUUGAUCAAUUGCUUGGGGCAAACAAAAAAGGAAUGGAGGAAGGAGAUGAUUGGAUAGCCCCUGAUAAGCUUUACCACAUCCUCUUCUGCUUCUUCAUUGCUAUCAUUUUCACUCUUCUCGCGGAAAAAACUCGUUACCCUUUCAUCCGCGGCCGGAGCAUCUGGGUCGGAUCCAUUAUUUCACUCGCUGCCGGCGCCGCUAAGGAGGUCGCCGACGAACUGGGUUAUUUCAGGUCAGCAGGUGCAUCUACCAAGGACGCUGUUGCCGACGUCUUUGGUAGUCUCAUCGCUGCUCUCGCACUUUCUCUCUACAAAUCAUCCUUCAUACGCCGGAGGCCCGAUCAAUCCGUUCAAGCUAAAGUACUCCAGAUGGUUUAAUCUGUUACUUGGAGUAAAUCGAUCAUACAAUUCGGGAAGGCUUUGGAUGAUUGUCUCCGUCUUCAUCAGGCAGUUUGACAGCAGAGUAAACUCCUGCCCCAAUGAGAGCUCCAAGAAUUGGAGCAGUGAGGUAGAUCCAGAUGGCUUUAUAGUUUCCUACUGCUACUGCUGGUCCGAGGGUUCUCACUGGAUUCAUUGAAGCCCCAGUUGUCUCCCUAAAACACAAGAAAUACAAAUUGUGAGAGACUGUUAUUUUAGAGUCUUAUUUUUUCACAGGCUACUAAAGGGAUUCCCAUGGAAGCUGUCAUUAUUUCAUUAUUAUAUAUGUAUUACUUCCUUAGUUGUUCAUUCAUCUUAUGUCAGAUCAUUGUUUGGACGGAGUAAUUAUGUGUUGAAAAGAUAUUUUGAGAAUUA